UAUCUACUUCUAGAAAUUCUAUCAUGGACGAUUAAUCUGGAACCCGUUAACAGAAAGGAUUUGAACUUCAUACGUGCUUCUUCAGAAUUCAAGCUUUUGAUGGCCCAUUUGUCAGAUCAGUAAAUCUGAAUGGGCCCAAUAGUGAUCCAUCUGAGUUUCUGGACAAGUCUAGCUCGGAAGUCACCUUUCACGCCGGAGCCAUCAUUAGCCGGUAAGCUUUCCACUACCACUCUUCUUCCUCCUACUAGUAUGUUGAUGAGUUCGUGUUGAAUCUAGUUUUAGUUUCUGUUUUUGUCCUGCUUGUGACAGUUCAAGACAUUGUCGAUUAUCUCUAAACCAAGCAAAACCAAGCUCUUGCGAUUUGUUGCUUGAUUUUCUUGAUUCGUAUGAUUGUUUUUAACUUACUUGAAGGACCUAUGAAGUGAUUAAGAUCGCCAUGAAUAUUGUAGAUUCUUGAGAAGUUAGCUUUCACUCUAAACUGAACUUAGCUAGUGUGUUUUUUGAAACGUUGACUUUCUAGACUGUUAGCUGUUUGAAUCUCUCGUCUUUUUUUUUCUUGGAGGCAAAACUUUUUCUCAACAAUGACGUUUUCUGGGCUGUCCGGUGUUUCACGAGGGUUAUUGCAAUCAUCUGUUACUACACAUUACAUCAAUCCUUUGCCUAAGUAUCCUCUACGGAUUCAUAACCACGAAGUAUGGAGUAAAGGAACUGAACUGCAUCAGGAGAAAUCUCUUGGUGCUGGCUGGAAUUACAUAUUAGUUGCUGGAAUGUCUUCGUCUUUGGUUAGAGAUGGCAAACCUAAGAAGGAUGAUGAGAAAGAUAAAAGUAGUAUUGGUGUUGAGGAAGCUUCUUGGAUAGAUUUUUAUUUGCCAGAAGGAGCAAAAGGUUAUGCUAAACUUGCUCGUUUGGAUAAACCCAUUGGAACUUGGUUGCUUGCUUGGCCUUGUAUGUGGUCAAUUGCGUUGGCUGCUGAUCCUGGAAGCCUUCCAAGUUUUGAAAUGAUGGCUUUAUUCGGUUGCAAAGCACUACUUCUUAGAGGUGCUGGAUGUACUAUAAAUGAUCUGUUUGACCGGGACAUUGAUACAAAGGUUGAACGAACAAGACUAAGACCUAUAGCCAGUGGUCUUUUGACACCAUUUCAAGGGCUUCAGUUUCUUGGGCUACAGUUACUUUUAGGCUUAGGGAUUCUUCUCCAGCUUAACAACUAUAGCCGUGUAUUAGGGGCUUUAUCUUUGUUACUAGUCUUCUCCUACCCACUUAUGAAGAGGUUUACAUUUUGGCCUCAAGCAUUUUUAGGUUUCACCAUAAACUGGGGAGCACUAUUAGGAUGGGCUGCAGUUAAAGGAAGCUUAGAACCAGCUGUUGUACUCCCUCUUUAUCUCUCAGGAGUCUGUUGGACCCUUGUUUAUGAUACUAUUUAUGCACAUCAGGACAAAGAAGAUGAUGUGAAGGUUGGUGUUAAGUCCACAGCUCUUAGAUUCGGUGAUAAUACAAAGCUUUGGCUUACUGGAUUUGGCACAGCAUCCAUGGGGUUGCUUGCACUUUCUGGAUUGAGUGCAGAUCUCGGGUGGCAAUAUUACGCAUCACUGGUGGCUGCAUCAGGACAGUUAGGAUGGCAAAUAGGGACAGCUGACUUCUCAUCUUGUGCUGACUGCAAUAGAAAAUUUGUGUCGAACAAGUGGUUUGGUGCUAUUAUAUUUGGUGGCGUUUUACUUGGAAGAACUUUUCAAUAGAUGCUGAUGAACAUCUUCUUGGAGUGAGUAAGAGUAACAUAUUCCUAUAUAUUAAGAAUGUAAGUAGGCUCUUGAGACGUUGCUACCAAGUACAAGCUCAAGGUCCUUCAGGAUUGACAAACUCAAGGAGAAGCCAUUGUGAGAUAAGCUGAAACCUGACUUCUUCUCAUUAGUUUCUAGUUCUGUUAAUAGGAAACUUCUUGUUGUCAUUCCUUUUGUUUACAAGGAGGUUUGUUGAUACUCAUCCAAAUCUUUGGCAGUGUAGCCUUCUGCCCAGGCCAGAAGUUUUUUUGUUUUCUCGCAGUCAUUAAUUGAAAUAAUACGCGGUUUAAUUGCUAUAUUUGCGGUUAAACUGCUAAACAGUUGAUACAAAUGAGAGACUGUAAUGGUGAUGUGAUAACUGACUAUAAAAUGAAGAGAUAAAAACAAAAAGAAAUGUCAGAAGUGGGAAUUGAACCCACGCCCUCUCACGAGGACCAG